AUGGGUCCAGACUUGUGUGGGGUGCUACAGCAGUUGUUACAAGGACAGCAAAGGGUUGAGACUGGAUUUUCUGAUUUGGGUUCCAAGUAUACAUCCAUGCAGCAAGAGAUAAGGGCUCUGAAACAGAAUCAGACCUCUACUACAAGAAGCCAAGGAGUUCUACCUGGAAAACAAGAACCAAAUCCAAAGGAAUAUGCUAAUGCCAUCACCUUGAGAAGUGGCAAAGAGCUACCAGGUGUGGAACACUACAGAGUGCACAUUGAGGACAAUGAGCGAGUUGGUGGGGAGGCAGCCCCAAGGGAUGAGCAAAAGGAUGAAGCUUCAACGAAAGGAAAAGCUAAAGAGGUGGAGAAGGAAUCAGAACCUGAGAAGCCUUAUGUUCCACCACCUCCUUAUCAGCCUAAACUUCCAUUCCCUGGAAGGUUUAAGAAGCAACUCUUAGACAAGGCUAGAGCAGUUUUUGAAAAGCAGCUUACUGAGACCCCAUUCACCAUGCCUCUCAUAGAAGCUUUCCUCAUGAUGCCAAAGCUCGGAAAUUUUUUAAAAGAUGCCAUCCUCAACAAGACAAAGGACCUAACAGGGAUAGUUGUGUUGAGUCAUGAGUGUAGUGCAAUCAUACAAAGAAGUGCAGUCCCUACAAAGCUAUCAGAUCCAGGGAGCUUCACACUUCCUUGUACUAUUGGUCCUUUGAUGUUUGAUGGUUGUUUAUGUGACUUAGGAGCAUCAGUGAGCUUGAUACCAUUUUCAAUAGCAAAGAAGUUGGGGUACAGAGUGUUCAAACCAGUAAGAAUCUCUCUUGUCUUAGCUGAUAGGUCUGUUAGACUACCAGUUAGAAUGCUUAAAGAUAUUAUAGUCAAGAUAUGCAGUUUUGAAGUUCCAACAGACUUUGUGGUCAUGGAAAUGGAUGAGGAACCCAUUGAUCCUCUCAUCUUAGGCAGACCAUUCCUUGCCACUGCUGGUGUCAUCAUAGAUGUAAGGCGUGGCAUGAUUGAACUUCAGCUUGGAUCAGAGAGACUCAAGUUUGAUGUGAAAGAAAUGAUGAAGAAACCCACCAUAGAAGGUCAAGUCUUCUACAUAGAGACCAUGGAUGAGCUAGCUGAUAAGCUUUUGGAGGAGUUAAAUCCUGAGAACCCUCACCAGUUCAUGUGGUGCCCAAAAAGGGAGGAAUGA